AUGGCCGACCACAGCUCGAACCGCCGCUUCCAGCUCCAGGUCAGCGAGUGCGUCGAGACCAAGACGGUCACAACCACGACUCGCCUCACCCGCAAGUUUCCCCAUGUCUUUGUCCGCGACCCGACCCCGCUUGAGAAACUCGACUCCAAAGAGUACCCGCUCGCCCUGAAGCCCACGCCCCCCGAGCUGCUUGGCUUUUCGUACAACCUGCUCGACGGCGGCCGGCACGGUGACGACGACCAAGACGACGACGAGCAACAGGACGCCAAACCCAUGCAUCGAUCCGCCAGCCGUGCCAUGACGCCCAUGGCUGUCAGGUUCGAACCCGUCGCUCCUCACUCCCCAUCCGCCCUCGACGGGCCGAGUCGAGCUACCCGAUCUCCUUCCGAAAAGUACCCCCGACGCACGCGACAGGCACGUGCCAGCCUCGCCGAGCCCCCAAACACCACAUCCUCAGCUGACGCCGGCGCCGGCGCCCCCGUGUCACAGUUUUUUGUCAAGUCCACCUCUAAUAAACCUUCGCGGGGCCUUGCUCGGUCGUCCAAUCUCAACGCCGUCUCGGAUAACCUGCGUCGUUCCGUCGUCCAAGGCGGUGGCACUGCCAUCAAUUCCGAGGCAAGCUGCAGCAGCGGCAGCGGCACCACGAGCUCGAGCAGCCGCCGCGUCCUCGCGGACCGGCCCGUCCGAGACGGCCCCGGCUUCUUGGCUACCCCCGACACAUCUGAAUUACCAGGCCCCUCUUCCUCCUCGCAGCGUUCGUCACGGCGACGCUUGUUGCACCUGGAACGUCUCCAGAGCUCGCCGCCCGACUCGGCCCCCAGCUUGUCGCAGUCUGCCCCCUGCGACGCCGCUGCGAGUCCCUCGGGCAGCGACUCCCUCACCGUCUUCAGUAGCAAUGUUGCCACGCCUCCCAUCACCGACGCCGAUGCGGCCCCAUUCGGCCAUGUCGACGUUGACGAGUCUCUCCAGCAGUCUGUUCGCUCGUUGCACCACCGACCCGCCAUCGACGUCGUUGCUGCCCAGGAUGCCAGUCUUCCUAGUCCGAGGUUGUCCCCAACCCUGGCAGCUUCCCUGCCCCCUUCUGCCGACCACGACGAUGAUGCCACCGCCAGCUUCCACACGUCUAUGGCGGACCCUGGCUCGGUCUGGAUUGACGACUCUCAGGUGAAGCAGGAGGGCGAUGCUGUAGAUGCAGGCUCCUCCUACCGAGAUCUCGAGGACCUCCGCGUCGCCAACCCUGGUUUGGUGGAUCUAUCGCCCUCUCCCGUUGUCAUGGACACGCAGACCCUGCUCGAGGCUUUUGAUUCCAUGAAGACGGACAUGAAGACGUUCAUGAUGUACCAGUUCCUCCGCCGCUGUCCUCGGCCCACGCUCCGCGUCAUUGCCGACGCCGUCAACCCUGCUCUGAAGUGCGACUUCCUCCAGCAGCUGCCCCUCGAGCUUGCCUACCACGUGCUCUCCUACGUCGACUGCCGAGACUUGUGCCGGGCCGCCCAGGUGUCCAGGCACUGGCACAACAUUGUCGACCGCAACGAGACGGGCUGGAAGGAGCUCUUUGAUCGGGAAGGCUUCACCCUCCCCACUGGCGAAUUGCAGAAGGCCAUUGAUCAGGGUUGGGGAUGGCAGGACCCUGUCGGUGCUUCGGGCUAUGAGAAGGAUCUGAGCAUGCUCAGGCGCCUGACAUCCUCGGAGGCAGAACUCACCCGUAACUCGCGUCAGGAUGCGCUGCCAAAGCUGAGAACCCCGAAGCGAAAGCGUGGCCUCAACACGUACUCGGCCACGGAACGAUCGAAGCGACGAGCUGCCGCUGCCCAGGAGGCGCCCGCCUCACGCGAACAGACGGCGUUAGACGAGGUGAAGCAGUCCAAGUCCGAAGGGCCGCUAACGGCCGCCAACCAGGCCGCCCAAGCCAUCCCCGACCCUCAGUUGGGCCUGCCCAGUCUUCGUCAGCUGCAUCUCUUCAAGUCCCUGUACCGCCGGCAUCACAUGAUUCGUCGGAGCUGGACAAGCGGCGAAGUGAAGCCCUCACACGUGGCCUUUGCUGCCCACCCCCGGCAUGUCAUCACCUGCCUGCAGUUUGACGACGAUAAGAUCAUCACGGGAAGCGACGACACGCUGAUCCAUAUCUACGACACCAAGACGGGCAAGCUGCGCAAGCGGCUCGAGGGCCACGAAGGGGGCGUCUGGGCUCUCCAGUACGAAGGCAACAUACUCGUCUCCGGGUCGACGGAUCGCUCGGUACGCGUGUGGGACAUUGACAGGGGUCUCUGCCAGCAGGUGUUUUAUGGCCACACUAGCACUGUGCGCUGCCUUCAAAUCCUGAUGCCGACCGAGACGGGCAGGGAUUCGACUGGCCAUGCGGUCAUGCAGCCGGAGAAGCCGCUCAUAAUCACGGGCUCACGGGACAGCCAGCUGCGGGUCUGGCGGCUACCCCAGCCCGGCUCGCGCCGAUACAUCCAGACGCAUCCGCCGGCCCAGGAGUCGGACUGCCCGUAUUUUAUCCGCGUCCUCAUGGGCCACACGCACUCGGUGCGGGCCAUCUCGGCGCACGGCGACACCCUCGUCAGCGGAUCGUACGACAGUACCGUCCGGGUGUGGCGCAUCAGCACCGGCGACGCGCUGCACGUGCUUCGGGGACACUCGCAAAAGGUAUACUCGGUCGUGCUGGACCAUGAGCGAAACCGAUGCAUCUCGGGUUCCAUGGACUCGCUCGUCAAGAUUUGGGACCUGACGACGGGGACGUGUCUUUACACACUCGAGGGACACAGCCUCCUCGUCGGACUCCUGGACCUCCGCGACGAGCGGCUCGUGUCUGCAGCGGCGGACUCGACGCUCCGGAUAUGGGAUCCCGAGACGGGCCGGUGCAGACACACGCUCAUGGCCCACACAGGGGCCAUUACGUGCUUCCAGCACGAUGGUCGGAAAGUGAUUAGCGGCAGCGAGAAGACCGUCAAGAUGUGGGAUGUGCAGACGGGCGAGUGCGUCCAGGACCUGUUGACGGACCUGAGUGGUGUGUGGCAGGUCAAAUUUGAUGGGCGGAGAUGUGUGGCAGCUGUCCAGCGCGACCAGCUGACGUAUGUCGAGAUUCUGGACUUUGGAGCGAUUCGAGACGGCCAACCUCCCGAGAACCUGGGCAAACGCAUUCUGCUUAACGAGCACGAGGUGCGGGAUAUUGUCGAAGACAGCCUGGCUUAG